UCUCCUUUAAUACCGAGGACGGUUAGGUUUGGACUAACAGCAACUACGCUUUAUAAAAAGGCGUUUCAUUUCUCCUGCACACGCAGGAUUGGAAAGAAGAAGAGACGAGAAAAUGGAGAAACUGACUUUCUGUUGUGUGUUGCUUCUCUCUCUUGUCGCGAUAUCUCGUGCGAAAUUUCCCGACGACCAUCAUCAUCUCCCUCUUCCGAGAUCGACAUUCCCGUCCGUUCAGGCUGGGAAGCUGAUUCGGGAGCUUAAUCUCUUCCCGGCGAAGGACGUCAACGUCUUACGUGACGGCGACGCUGCUCUUCUUGAUGGAAGCAAUAGAAUCGUCGAGAAGCAGUUUAGGUUUCCGAAUGUCGUUGACGACGAGUUUGGUGGGGUUUCUGUGGAGGAUUUGGGCCACCAUGCCGGUUAUUAUAAGAUUGCGAACUCCCACGCUGCCAGGAUGUUUUAUUUCUUCUUUGAGUCACGCAACAGCAAGAAGGACCCUGUUGUUAUUUGGUUGACUGGAGGACCAGGGUGUAGCAGUGAGUUGGCAAUGUUUUAUGAAAAUGGUCCUUUUACUAUUGCAGACAACAUGUCUCUUGUAUGGAAUCCGUAUGGUUGGGACAAGGCAUCAAAUCUUCUGUAUGUUGACCAACCUAUUGGGACUGGAUUCAGUUUUAGUUCUGAUAUACGUGACAUUCGUCACAAUGAGCAGGGAGUUAGUAAUGACCUGUAUGACUUCUUACAGGCCUUCUUUUCAGAGCAUCCUGAAUUUGUCAAUAAUGAAUUUUACAUAACUGGAGAAUCAUAUGCUGGUCACUAUAUUCCUGCUUUUGCUGCUCGAGUUCACCAAGGAAACAAAGCCAAAGAAGGAAUUCAUAUAAACCUUAAGGGAUUUGCCAUUGGCAAUGGGCUUACUGAUCCUGCAAUCCAGUAUGGAGCUUACACAGAUUAUGCUUUGGAUAUGGGAUUAAUUAAACAAUCUGACUAUAAUCGUAUAAACAAGGUGCUUCCAGUGUGUGAAAUGGCAAUCAAGCUUUGUGGCACUGAUGGCACAGUCUCAUGCAUGGCCUCUUAUUUUGUUUGCAACAGUAUAUUCAGUAGCAUCUUGUCACGUGCUGGUGAUAUAAAUUACUACGAUAUCAGAAAGAAAUGUGAGGGGAGCCUCUGCUAUGACUUCUCAAACUUGGAGAAAUUUCUGAACCUGAAAUCAGUUAGGGAUUCGCUUGGCGUUGGGGAUAUAAGCUUUGUGUCCUGUAGCCCUACAGUGUAUCAGGCCAUGCUGAUGGACUGGAUGAGGAAUCUUGAAGCUGGCAUUCCUGCUCUCCUUGAGGAUGGAAUCAAGUUGCUUGUGUACGCUGGAGAAUAUGAUCUUAUCUGUAACUGGCUCGGAAAUUCAAGAUGGGUUCAUGCAAUGGAAUGGUCUGGUCAGAAAGAUUUUGUGGCAUCUUCUGAAGUUCCUUUUGAAGUUGAUGGUUCAGAAGCGGGAGUCUUGAGAAGCCAUGGACCUCUCGCUUUCCUCAAGGUCAACAAUGCAGGGCACAUGGUUCCCAUGGAUCAACCCAAGGCUUCAUUAGAGAUGCUGAAGAGGUGGACUCAUGGAAAACUGUCUGAAGGCACAGCUUAUCCAGAAAAACUGGUUUCUGAGAUGUAAUGCACUGUUAUUUGGUGUUCAAAAAGUAUAUAUUUGCUGUUGGUUUUAAACAGAAUUCUAUAUGAUGUCUGUACCUGGAUAAGAAGGUUAACACAUGGUUGAAUCAAAGAGAACUGUUUUUGCUCA